AUGCCUGUGACUGCUUCUUGGAGUCGAACAUUGUUGCAACAAUAUGGACAUACCAAACUAGCUCGCCUCCGUUUGCGUGGCUCUCGUUCGCUUUCGACGGCUGUCACGGAUCCUGCUAUUCGACAGUUCAUCUGUAGACUUGGGGAACAUCAGCCCUGCUAUGGCGUAGCGUCUUCUAGCAUUCGCAUUAUGAGUCAACCCCAAGAUUUCUACCAAUGUUUGCUGAACAUGAUUCAGAGAGCGCGGCAGAGGAUAUUCAUAUCUUCCCUAUAUAUCGGAUCCGAAGACUUUGAGCUUAUCGACACGCUUCGGGCAUCUCUUCAGGCUAAUCCUUUGUUGCGUGUACAGAUGCACCUUGACUAUAAUCGCUGUACGCGUCCUGAACCCUUAUCGACUGCUAAUCUACUUGUACCACUUCUAAAAGAAUUCCCUGACCGCGUCCGCGUCUGGCUUUUCCGCAGUCCCAAACUCAAGGGUUUAUUGGCCAAACUUAUGCCCCCUCGCUUCAACGAAGGUUGGGGUGGUACAUGGCAUCCGAAGAUUUAUGGUGCUGAUGAUGAACUGCUAAUAUCUGGUGCCAACCUAAAUACGUCCUAUUUCACGAACCGACAGGAUCGUUAUAUACAUUUUACCGAUCAAGCUCCUUUGGCGCAAUACUGCCUCUCUUUUCUCGAUCAAGCUGCUACAUUUUCAUACUCGCUGCUACCUUCUUCGUCUACAUCUGGUGACUACGUGCUUGAUUGGCCGGAUCAGCGUACACAUCCGCACCAUUUCGAAUCAAAAGCGCAAGCUGCUCUGACCGCGUUUCAAGAUAGAUCUCGAAAAUCAAGCAUCAGCAAAGUGACCUCAGUCAUGAGUGGUGUCCAACAGGGCGAGAAAUCCAAAGCGGACACCCUUGUGUUUCCUAUAAUACAGGCGGGGCAAUUCAGUGUGCGGGAGGAAGAGCGGUGCCUCAGUCUUCUCUUUCGCCAAGUCUCCGGGACCGAAUCACAGACUCCAGGAAACACUGGCCAUAUGAUAGAUCUGACUAGCGGCUAUUUUGGACUGUACAAACCGUACCAGGACCUCAUUAUAGGUUCUCAAUUGGCAUGCCGUGUACUGGCUGCCAGUCCUAAGGCGAACGGCUUUUAUGGCUCUAGAGGAGUUUCGGGGAGGGUACCCGAGGGAUAUACUGUACUUGAACGGCAGUUUAUGAGGGCUGUAAAUACUGCAAAACGUGAUUGGACACAUGACCAGCACACCGGUGAACACUCAGGAGUGCAGUUAAAUGAGUGGGAGAGAGACGGUUGGACCUAUCAUGCCAAGGGCAUCUGGCUGCGUCCAACGCCGUCUGCAGACCCCUCAGUGACGCUAUUCGGAUCAACUAACCUCAAUUCAAGAUCGGCGAAUUUGGACACUGAACUCUCCUUCCUCCUCGUGACGAACGCUUCUGCCUUGCGCUCUCGUCUAGCAGAGGAAUUGAAUGACCUUCGCGCUUAUGCACACCCAUGGAAAGGUGCGGAGCGCAAGGUGCGACUAGGAUCCUGGAUUCUAGCGAGAGCACUGCAAGACCGUUUAUAG